AAAAAGAUCAAUUAGCACGUCUGGAUCAGCAUCAGCUGCAAACUGUUCCCCACAUGAUCACUGCGAAGAGAAAACCACGAGGACGAAGUUACCGCAGAUCUUGUUCUUGAUCUAUGCGCAGAGUACUUCCGCAAAGUUGUCCAGAGGCUGUUGCAAUUAGCACUUGUGCUUGCACACGGAUCCGAAGAAGUGUAAUAUUUUGAAGAUACAACGAUGAAUCUAGCCGAUAUUCAUGACCACUAGAGUGGCACGACGACGACAAACACCCUUCUGGCGCUGCUCCGUAGUUUGUUUCCUGGCAAGGACGUCUAGAAACACCUCUACCACUCUUCUAUGAUUGCUGUAUCUGCAUUUUCAUCAAACCGACAGGACUUUUUCACCUUAGAAAGAAACAGAAAGAGCUUCAUGUUUUAUUGAGUAGUCAACUGUCAACGUCGUUCUCGCUAGUCCUUAGUCUUCCACUACGUAUCAAACAAGCACAAGCAGAUUUUCGAACCCGUUCUUCUUGUCUUUGUCGACCCCAGAACCUCCUGCUAGAGAUUCAAUGGCCUCCUGCUGGUCUUCUUCAUGACAAGUACUUCUCACAGCGACCCAAGAACAAUGAUAGAUUCCGCGGCCUCCUCCUCCAGCACCACCGACCGGUGGAUGCGAGUGGCGUGCGAGCAGGCGCGGUUGGGAAAGCAGUCCGGCGAGGUUCCCGUCGGGUGUGUUUUCGUGCACGAGGAGGAGCCGGAGAAGCCGCUGGCCAAGGCCUUCAACCACACCAAUCGCGACCACAACGGAACGCGGCACUGCGAGCUGGUCUGCAUGGACGCCAUGAUUGCGGACUUGCCGGAGGUAUCAAAUGUAAAAAUGUCUGGGUCUGGAAGAAAGCAUGUUUGGCAUGCUUGUCUGGCAUAACUCUGAAAUCUGUCAUGCACGUUACCCAAGAGCUCCGCUUUUCUGUGAUGCAGAAACGCAGUUUGUCAUGCAGAAUAGGCAACACCUAGAAGCUCAGAAACUUGUCAUGCUGAGCCAGCAUUUGUGGCCUCAUCAUGAGACGCCACCCAGCAUCACAGGUUUCCAGACCCAGACGUUUUCACAUUUGAUAGGAAGAAACCUCGUUCCGGGAUGUGAUGCAGAAAACCACCCUGUACGUAACCGUGGAGCCUUGCAUUAUGUGCGCGGGCGCAUUGGUGCUCGCGGGCGUCAAGAAAGUGGUCUUCGGCUGCUUCAAUCCCCGGUUUGGCGGCUGCGGUGGCGUCGUCACCGUCGAGCCACCUCCGACAGGAGAUUCAGCAACGAGGAUGGAGGAGGGUGAGCGAACAGCUGCUGGUGCUGGCUUUGCUGACACGAGCACGACGAGGGCAAGUGGCACCACAUUAAAUCCUGCGGUCGUGGUGGUGCAGGAAGCCGAAGCUGCUGGUGCUCAAGCUCAGGAGACGUUGACGAUGCCCGUAGUUUCCAGUUCCACAAGAAGUACUACUCACGGCGACAAGGAUCAUAGCACGAACACCGGACCCCCAUGUCCCCGCGUAGAUCGAACCCUCCAGCGUCUUGAAGCUGUGCAAGCGAAACAAUUUGAAGAGGAAGCGAUCGAACUCCUGCGAUCCUUCUACGAACGCGGGAACCCAAAUGCACCCGAAGCGAAACGACAAAGAAAAAUUGUGGAGGAUGUAGCUGAUGCUUAAAUACCUAAAAAAGCGACUGUGCCCGUAUAACUUGAACUUCAACCUACCUCUACUGAAGAUGAGCCCGCCCACCUGAAGAGUGAAGAAGCACGUGUUUCAGCAUCAUAUAUCAUUUCUGUUGUCACAGUGCAUGUAUGUAGGCUUGCGUACAGCAACAACCUAGGCAGAAGUGGAUCUGCUGUUGGACUCCUGUUGUGCGUAUUGAUUGUCCAGCCGAACCGCAACCGCAAGAAACAAAAAGGAAAACUGAUACUUAAGCGACAUCAGAACACUCAGUGGAGGUUCAUCGUGAUGGAGAUUGUUGUGAAGAAAAGAAUGUAAUAAAGCACACAGCGCGACAUAUAUCAUUCGUAAUGAAAUGAAGAUGGGCUCCUGCUCAUCUGAUGAAACGUGC